UACACUGUAAGCAACCACCAGAAACUCUCACUAGCUUAGUUUCUAUAUAUGCGUUAUUUGUCUCUGAGUACUUUUUCUCUCUUGUGCAUUACCUUUGUGGUCAUGGCAGCCUCCGUGGAUCCCCUAGUGGUUGGUCGCGUGAUCGGCGAUGUGGUAGACAUGUUCAUUCCUUCUGUCAACAUGUCUGUUUACUUUGGGUCGAAGCACGUCACAAAUGGCUGUGACAUCAAGCCAUCCAUCGCCAUCAGCCCUCCCAAGCUCACCCUCACCGGCAACAUGGAUAACCUCUACACACUGGUUAUGACUGAUCCUGACGCACCUAGCCCCAGUGAACCAAGCAUGCGUGAGUGGAUACAUUGGAUCGUAGUUGACAUACCUGGAGGAACAAACCCAUUUCGCGGAAAAGAGAUUGUUUCAUAUGUGGGACCAAGGCCACCUAUUGGAAUACAUCGCUAUAUCUUUGUGUUGUUUCAACAGAAAGGACCUUUGGGUCUUGUGGAGCAACUACCAACUCGUGCAAGCUUCAAUACUCGUUAUUUUGCCAGGCAAUUGGACUUGGGACUUCCAGUGGCCACUGUCUACUUCAACUCUCAAAAAGAACCCGCUGUUAAGAGGCGCUGAAUCUAGCUGUUAAGAGGCGCUGAAUCUAGCUAUAUUGUAUCCAUCAGUGUCUUUCUUGAGAUAUGCAUGGUUGGAAUAUAUUUUAAGAUAUCAGAACUAUAUAAAAUCUAUGACUAGUGAGUAAAUAAUGCAGGGAGAGGGUGUGUGUAAAGUAAUAUAGUUGUCCAAGACCUGAGUGAUGCCGACCAUUUCCCCGGCUUUGAUAACUUUUUUUCUCUAUAUAUAUACCUCUCUUUCACUCUAUCAAAUAUAUAAAGUUAAUCUUUAUUAA